GGGCGAUCAAGACGUUACGUCAAAGAAAAACAGACGACGUCAUUUCCUGGCCAGCGCAGAUGUCUGUGAGAGAGACGUUUGGAAACAGAAACUGAUGAAAACUGCGUCGACUAUGUCGAGAUGGCUUGACUGAAUCACAGAGUGUCGUGUUUAGAGAUCAGAGUAAACCUUAGAGGAGCAGCCAUGGCCUGCGCUCGAGUGCCGCUGGAUGAGCAGCAGGUGACGGAGUUGGGCCCUUUGGGAAAGGAGCGCACUCUGCCUGCACUGCACCCAGACAGGAAGGAGGAGCGCUGCUUCGUGCCUUACAAACCUCCCCCAGAAGACGGCUCUCCGGCCAAGGUGGAGGAGUUUCUGGAGCACGCCAGGUUUAUAGCAGAAGACCUGGAGUGGCUGCUGGCGCUGCCUCACGACAAGUUCUGGUGUCAGGUGGUGUUUGAUGAGUCUCUGCUGCAGUGUCUCGACUCGUACCUGGAGCUGGCUCCGCGUGGCCUUGACCUUUGCACCUUGCCCCUGUCGCCGGCGGUGGCCGACGUGCAGCGCACCGUCCACAAGGCGGUUUUCCUGACCUUCCUCCGGAUGGCCACUCAUAAAGAGUCCAAGGAACAUUUUAUCACCCCGGCUGUGUUUGGAGAGAUUAUCUACAACAACUUUGUGUUCGACAUUCCUAAAAUUCUGGAUUUGUGCGUUCUCUUUGGAAAGGGCAACAGCCAGCUGCUUCAUAAGAUGAUAGAGAACAUUUUUACUCAGCAGCCGGCUUACUACAGCGACCUGGAGGAGACGGUUCCCACAGUGCUACAGGUGUUUGACACAAUCCUGGAGAAAUGUGGUCUGCAGUGUGAAGGAGCCACGGCCAUGGAGCCGAUGAAGCUGAACGCGCAGAAACAGCCGACGGCCAUGAGCAUGAACCUGGAGGAGCUGGUAGAUAUAGUUUUGUACUUGUGCGACUCGACCACCACCAUCCACACCUUCCUGGACAUCUUUCCCUCCGCUUGUUCCAGCUUCCACUCCCACGGCUUCCUCAGCAGGCUGCCGCCGUUUUACGAGGCCACCGUGCCGGAUUUGGAGAAAGCCAUCAGGAAGAGAAACUUUGACGAUAAAAGUCUGCAGGAAGACCUCUGGAAGAGGAUGAGCCACUCCUGCAGGAAGAUGGUGGAGACGACUCACCUGCUGCUGCACCACACCUGCCUGCAGCCCAUCCUGGAGGGUCGAGAAAACAUGCAAACGUUUGCUGAGGAACUCCUGCAAUAUUUUACAUCUUUUUUACCCGAGAAAAGGUUUCUAGUCGACUUCGACGAGCAGUUUCCCAUCUCAGACGACAUCAGCCUCCUGCAGCAAGCUCUCCCUGUCAUUGACGAGACGAGGACGUCGUAUUUGCUGCAGGGUGUGGAAAGCGCCUGGGACGCCACGGGCGGACGAAGACCACAGACUGAAGGCGCUUCCUCGUCGUCGGCCGAUCAGGGCGCGGCGGCGGCGGCGGCGGCCGGUUCGGACGGCUUCGGGUCGCCAGAGGUCAAAGAGUCGAGAGGAGAGAGGCUGGUGGGGGCCGAGGCCAAGAUGGCCGCCCCACAGAAAGGAGACAACUUCUUCCCCUACAGGACAGUAACAUGGCAUCAAAACGUUUUGGGUUUCCAGGGCGCCGUGUGUCCUGUGAGCGGGCCGGAGCUCGAGUCGCUCCUGUCCUGCAUCAGGGAUCUGCUUCCUGACCUGGGCGAAGGCUUCCUGCUGGCGUGUCUGCAGGAAUACGGCUACAACUCUGAGCUGGUCAUCAACAACAUCCUGGAGGACCGACUGGCUCCCAGCCUGGACAAACUGGACCGAACCAUGCCGAGGCCGGUGAAAGAGGAUCUCCCAGAUGUCCUGAACAACCGAUCCAACGUGUUCGACGAUGACGAGUUCGACGUCUUCCGCAGGGAUCAGGUGGACAUGUCCCGCGUCUGGAAGGGCAGGAGGAAAGGCGAGAGCGCCCGAGAGAUGCUGAACGACAAGCAGCACAUAGCGGAGCAGCGAGCGCGCUACCAGACGUACGAGACGGUGGUGGACGAAGUCGCCGUCGAGCCGGGAGCGUCGGGCGGCGCCGGUGCCGACACCUACGACCUGGACGAUUACGACGACGAGUACGACGACACGUACGACAUGAACCAGAUUGGAGCCAACGACCUGGACGGAGACAGUUUACUCAGCAGGAGGCCGUUCACCGUCCCACAGGUACUGAGGAAAGGAACCAAAGCAGAGGAAGAGGAGCAGGAAGACGAUGAAGACAAAGAUGUUUCACAGAACCCUGUGAACCGGGACCAGUUCGUUCAGGACCCGGCUCUGCUGAGGGAGAGAGCCGAAGCCAAACGAGCUGCCAUGCAGCAGAGGAAAGGGUUUCGGCCCGAGCGGCCCAGUAACGUGGUGGGUCGACCCAAAGGCCAGGGACAGACAACGGAGACGUUUCUGGACCGACGCAAGAAGGAGGCCAAUAAGAGCCGCGUGAGCAACCACAACCGGCGCUCCAUGGCGGACCGGAAGAGGAACAAAGGCAUGAUCCCCUCCUGACCCGCUCCACGGCGCUGCUGGAGCCAGAGCAGGUCCGGUUGACCCGGUUCUGGUCUAUCACCACAACGUUCUCUGUGGAUCUUUUUUUUAAAAACCAAAACGAUUUAUUUUAGCACUGAUUUCCUUCCUCUGCUUAUCACAACCACAAUUAGACGUUUUAUUUUUGCCAAGUAACAAAUUGGUUUAUUAUUACGAUCCAAAGAUGUAAACAAGUAAGACAUCAAAGAGCGUUCCCUCCAUCAAAGAGCGUUCCCUCCAUCAAAGAGCGUUCCCUCUCCUGGAAGAACAUCAGCCGACCAAACGAUCAGAGUGGAGGUGAGCGCCCCCUCCUGGCCGCUCUGAUCGCGAGAACCGGGUCAGAAGGAAACGUCUGGAAGCACAGGCUGCUCAUGUCGCCAUGCACAAACUAUUUUCUACAAGAGAACUCAUCUAUCUGUCAGAACAUUUUGUAACAAGACAAAUUAUUACUAUUUUGGAGUUGACAUGACAAAAAAACAACAAAAAAGCAGAUAAUAAAUAAUGCAGUUGUUUUGA